GAUGCUGCCGCCCGCUCCGCCUGAGCUCCAGCUCCGGUUUUUCCCUCCACCAUCCUCUCCCCCUCCCCGCCUCUCCUUUAACUCCCCCCUCCUGGGCUCGGGACUGGUUUCCUCCCUUAGCCCGCUGCCCUCAAUCCCGGCGAGGCUGGGGCUCCGGCUCGGCGUCCCCUUCCUCGCUCCUUCGCCCGGCGCCCCAUGCCGCCCCCUCCCGGCCCCCGGGUCCCCCAGUCCCCCACUUAGGGCGGCACACAAUUCCCGGGGUGCUGGCGCGUGGGCCCGGGGAGCGUAGGGCGCCGGCAGACGGCCCCUGGAAGAGCUCUUGUGGGGCUGAGCGCUCUGGAACCGGGGUGCGGGCAGAGCAGGAAGCGGGUCCGCGAGGGCGCUGGGGGCAUCAGCCACUCACCAGGGUGAUCCUCGCUCAACAGCCAGGCAGCCAAGGCAGUCACCCCUGGGGGUGAGCGACUUUGGGGGAGUUGGUGCCCCGCCCCCCAGGCCUUGGCGGGGUCAUGGGGGCCCCCCAUUCUGGGCCGGGGGGCGUGCGAGUCGGGGCCCUGCUGCUGCUGGGUUUUUUGGGGCUGGUGUCCGGGCUCAGCCUGGAGCCCGUCUACUGGAACUCGGCGAACAAGAGGUUCCAGGCAGAGGGUGGUUAUGUGCUCUACCCUCAGAUUGGGGACCGGCUAGACCUGCUCUGCCCCCGGGCCCGACCUCCUGGCCCCCACUCCUCUCCUAAUUAUGAGUUCUACAAGCUGUACCUGGUAGGGGGUGCCCAGGGUCGGCGCUGCGAGGCACCCCCUGCCCCAAACCUUCUUCUCACUUGCGACCGGCCAGAUCUGGAUCUCCGCUUCACCAUCAAGUUCCAGGAAUACAGCCCUAACCUCUGGGGCCAUGAGUUUCGCUCGCACCAUGAUUACUACAUAAUUGCCACAUCAGAUGGGACCCGGGAAGGCCUGGAGAGUUUACAGGGAGGUGUGUGCCUAACCAGAGGCAUGAAGGUGCUUCUCCGAGUGGGACAAAGUCCCCGAGGAGGGGCUGUUCCCCGAAAACCUGUGUCUGAAAUGCCCAUGGAGAGAGACCGAGGGGCAGCCCACAGCCUGGAGCCUGGGAAGGAAAGCAUGCCAGGUGACCCCACCAGCAAUGCAACCUCCCGGGGUGCUGAAGGCCCCCUGCCCCCUCCCAGCAUGCCCGCAGUGGCUGGGGCAGCAGGGGGGCUGGCGCUGCUCUUGCUGGGCGUGGCAGGGGCUGGGGGUGCCAUGUGUUGGCGGAGACGGCGGGCCAAGCCUUCGGAGAGUCGCCACCCUGGUCCCGGCUCCUUUGGGAGGGGAGGGUCUCUGGGCCUGGGGGCGGGAGGUGGAAUGGGACCUCGGGAGGCUGAGCCUGGGGAGCUAGGGAUAGCUCUGCGGGGUGGUGGGGCUGCAGAUCCCCCCUUUUGUCCCCACUAUGAGAAGGUGAGUGGCGACUAUGGGCAUCCUGUGUACAUCGUGCAGGAUGGGCCCCCCCAGAGCCCUCCAAACAUCUACUACAAGGUAUGAGGGCUCCUCCUACCUGGCUCUCCUGAAUCCAGCCCUUUUUUUGGGGUGCUCCUUCAGUUUAAUUCAUGGUUUGAGGGACACCUCUGGCAUCUCCUUGGCCCCCUUUGCCCUGCCAGCUCCUUAGCUCCUCCUGGCUAUUGUCCUCGUGUCCACUUUUAGGAUCCCUUAAGACUUCCACUUCCCCCCCCUCCUGCCCUUUGGCUUAGCCAUGGGCAUCCCUCUGUGUCUGAAUCCCUGGGGGAGGGGACACAGGCUCAGCCUCCUCUCUGACCACGACCCAGGUGUUCUUGUCUCCCUCAUCCACCCAGAGUAGGGGCGGGACGGUCUGUCUUUUGGUUGGCACCUCUUUCUUUCUGCCUCUCACAGUUUUUCUCUUCUCUCUUAUCUUUUAUUCUUUCUCUUUCUCCUGUCUCUAGGUCUGUUCUGUUCUUCUUCCCUAGCAUCCUCCUCCUUACAUCUCCCUUUACCCUCUUGGCUUCUUAUCCUGUGCCUCUCCCAACUCCUGGGUGGGGGUGUCAAAGCAUUUUUCCCCUUAGCUCUUGGCCUCCCUCCUGACCUCUCAUACAACCGCUCCUCUCAGUCUGCCAAAAAUGGGGGCCUUACGGGGAAGGCUCUGGCACUCCACCCCAGAUCAGGGCAUGGGCAGCAGGGCCUCCUUCUCUGCCCUGCCCCAGGCCUCUACAUACUUACUCCAGCCAUUUGGGGUGGUUGGGUCACGACAGCUACCAUGAGAAGAAGUGUCCCGUUUUGUCCAGUGGCUGAUAGCAAGAUAUGAACCUGUUGGGACAUUGUGGACAUGGUCUGAUGCUGAAUGGGCCACUUGGGACAGGAAGUGACUUGCUCCAGUCAAGAAGUGACCAGGCCUGGACAGAAAUGGCCUGGGAAGUGGCAGAAG